GGAUCCCAUGGCACGAGUGGUUGGGUGUCCCGUUCUCGAGCCCUGCCUUUCUUGCGGUGGGGAAAGUGUGGACAGGGAAGGCCGGUCCAGUCGUAGCGCUGCACCGACAUCAGCUCACCCUCACUAUGGCCGUGAUUCGUCACAAGUUGCGCAAUCCGAACAUGGCACGCAUUCAGCUAGAAAGGUCUGGAGAUCCUGAUGCCCUCGGAAGGCAGGAGCGCGUCGUCCAGCGCCUGCUCAACCGGUUCCAGGCCACCAAGUACAACGGCAACAACUACUUCAUCGGCAAGCUGUACCUCAUGGAUUGGGUGGAUGUCCCAGAGAACAUCCUGGCCCUUGAUUUCGUGGGGGACCGUGACGUAGAUGAUGUGGUUGAAGGCGACCUGAAUGGAGAGGGUGUGGAGGUUAUUUUCUGAAGGGGGCGAUGGGGCAAGUUGCAUGUGGAUGUGCUUCGUUAUCAGGGAUGUGAUUCAAGACGUGCUGGUGUUUUGGAAGUUGAUUAGGGCUUGUCUUUAUGUUGGAUGAAGAGGUAUUGUUGAGGGUUGUUUUUCAUUGCCAAUAAUAUCUGUUAUGGUUU